AUGACAGCUACUUUGGAAGCAAUCACUCUAGGUUCACAAACUUAUAAUAUACCUGUUGAGACUAUCAAUGUUAUUCUCUUAGAAUUCUUAACGCUUGUUCCUGAAGAGGUGUCAAACUCAAAUUUAAUGGGUGGACGCAAACUUCAAUUGAUCGGCGAAUUAAAAGGAAAUAUUCCUAUGGUUUUAUCCACUUUAUCUAAUUUUCUCUUUACAACCACUACAGAACCUCAAAUUCAACAGAAAACACUACGAUGUUUACAAAGUUGGAUUCAGUAUGGGUUUCAACUUGAAGACGCUUAUCCUCUUAUGGAAAAAGUGAUGGAACUUUUGACGAAUGAAGAGCUAUUUGAAUCAGCUGUUGAGGUAUUAAUUGAGUCUAUGCAACAGCCAGCAUGGAACAAAUACCAACAAUAUAGAAAUGGUCUUUUUGCUUGUAUUACAAAUCUUAUCAAGACAAGUAAUGAGGAUGAAGAAACAGCUCGUUUGUUAGCCAAAUUACUAUCUGUAUUUGGUGAGACCUAUACAGAUUUUAUUGUCAGUCAAUUAGCGCAAACAGAGGUACAGGAACUAAUGCAAAUGAUGCUUCAAUUGACAGGCUUUGAAGGUUAUUACCCUGUAGAUCAGGAAGUGUCAGAAAUCCCUUUAAAUUUUUGGUAUAUUAUGCAAGAGACAUUAUUUGAUGAAAACAUUUUACCAGUGCGUCCAGAAUCAGAUGGAUGGACUUUGCAAUGUGGACAGACAGCUCUUGUUAUCUAUCGAGAAUUAGUCAAGAUACUUGUGAAAAAUGCAUGUUAUCCUGAUGAGCCUACUUGGAAUUCAUGGAAUAAAGCAAUUAUAUUGGAACAAGCUGUCUCGAUUAUUAAUCAAUGGGACUCCUUACCCAAUGUAUCACAACAUCUAGAAGCUGCUCUGUUUAGUUUGAAAAGUAUUUCAGAAGAAAUUAGUCCUGACGAAAAUAUAUAUAUUGCUAGACUAUUUGGACAAGAUGUUUUGGGUCGAUUAUCUGAAAAUUGUAGCUUUCGGUUAAAAAAUACAAUUUUAUUAUUAAUGGGUUCGCUCUCUGAAUGGCUUAAAGGACAUCCAGAAUUUUUAAGUCCUGUUAUGAAUUAUAUUGUUCCCUGCUUGAGUAAUCCACAACUUGCUUUGUCAGCAAGUUCAGCUUUUUCUGAUAUUUGUGACACUUGUCGUGAAUCCCUUGUCCAUGAAUUACAAAGUUUAAUGCAUUCAAAUAUUAUGCAAAGAGUGGUAGAAUCUGUUGCUGAUGUGAUACAAGUCUUACCUCCUGAUAGGGCUAUGGCUCCCUUAAUGUCUUUGACAGGUGAUAUUCUUCAAGGUGUCUCCAAAGCUCUUUUAGAAAAAGACCCCGAGAUUUCACGUAAUUCAGCCCUUGUUCAAAUUCAAUACCUUACUGCUUGUUGUAGAGGUAUUCAAUCCCCGCAUGAUGACUAUCAAUCCCUCAAUGAACGUCAGUCAGUUUAUGAUGCUUUUGCUAAUGGACAAUUAGCUACUCUUUAUAGCACUAUAGAAGGUUUUACAGAAAUCACAUUUGCUAUUCGAACCUCAACAACCGAAAUAGCACGUAUCUGGGCAACAGAUGAACAAGUUUCCAAGGCAAUAGCAACAUUUUUGGAACAAGGGAUGAGAUCAACAAGUCCACUUUUAAGUUUGAAUUUUGUUGAUCUGAUGGGUUUAGUAGAAUCGAGCUAUCAUGUAGCUCCAUUUUCUUGUUGGUUGAACACAGCUGCAUUUAUGAUGACUGUAUUUGGCGGACAACAAACACAUAUAGAAAAGUUAAGAGAUAUGCUUGGUAGUUUAACAAGGAGGACUUUAGAAGUAAUUCAUGGAAUAGAAGCUAUUUUAGUUUAUUAUCAAGAGUAA